AUGGCUUUUCAGUCUCAUCAAGCUCCUUUAGGUGAUAACAAUGUGCUGCAUAUAAGUGAAACUCCUGCCCACAAUAUUCGCCCUAUCGAAAUGAAUUCAUCCGGUGCUCCCCAGCCGGUGGACACACUGGGUCACGACGCCAAUCUUCUUACUAUAGAUGCCACUUCUGAGAUAGGAUCUAUGGGCGGCCUAUUCGACCGAAACUUUGAUGACGACGUAUAA